AUGGACCAAUUUCCCUUUCCUUGGGCUAGUACCCCCAAUGAAAACACUCUGCUCAGCACUUCUGCCGAUGGCAACUAUUUUGAUGAGGUCCUCGGCGCUGAAAUUACCACCGCGCCCCUCGUCGCUGCUUCAUCGAGUUGGAUGUAUCAGAAUGGUGCCAAUUUGUCUUCCUUCCAGUCACCACUCAGCUUGCAGCCAGAAUUCAGUGUCCACCAAGCAACCUACCAGCCAGUAUCUAGUAGCCAGUCCUCAUAUAGCUACCAAGCGGAGCCAUGGUACCAGUCAGCGCCGAACCUUCAGUCAGGGCCUAGCUACCAGCCAGCUCCCAGCGUCUACCCAACACCCCCCCAUCAGCCAGUGUCCAGUAGCCAGGCCGCAUAUAGCUACCAGGCGGAGCCAUGGUAUCAGCCAGCAACCAACUUUCAGACAGGGCCUAGUUUCCAGUCGGGCCCUAGCUUUCACCAGCUGGCAAUGCAAGCAGCAAACCCUGCUUCCGUCCAGCACGCAACAGGCCGUUAUGCGAGCUUGGGACCCUUCCAGCAUCCCCUUAAUGUCUUGCACACUCAGGAAGCCCAAUACAAUAGCAAUAUGUCUGCACAGACCGUUGGAAACGAAGGCUUUGACUUCGGCUUGCCCUUGACUGGCAAUGGCAAUGCGAGAAGAGCCAGAACAAGGUACGCCACUCGAGAUCGAGAAAUUUGUGGUGCUUCCGAGACUGAUUUUGACAACAAAUCAGACAGCAGCCUGACCUCCGAUGCCAUUGGAAGGAUUGCAAAUAUAAGGCACCUUUCUACGGGGAGCCGGGAUUAA